AUGUCGCACAAUUCGCCGAGCUUAGCUAAGCACCUCCAAGGAGGCGCGAAGCGUGUCGGACCGUCGGAGGGACUUGUGUUAAGUUCGACAAUUCGCCGGGUCCAUUGGCGUGAUAUGUAUAGUGUGAUAUCUGGUGACCACGGUCAGAACCUCCGCCAAGUCUCUCAUCAGCUCGCUGGUCAUACAGGCAAACAGAAGCCGGUCUCACCGAACUUGUCCCAAGCCACUAUUCCCUUCUCUCAAGGAGUCGCCUGCGCCGACCGAAGACCCUUGCGGGCUGCCCUCCGGGCUCUCACUCGCGAGGCCUGUUGUGAGGCUCGCGGUCGCACCAGCUCCGCAGGUUUUUACGAUCUACGAGCAAGGCGCACGACACCCAUGAGCAGUUAUAUGACCGUGGCGGGCUAG